AUGGUCUCAUUUUUUGGUCUAGGAAAGAAAAAGAAGGAAGCGCAAGACGGCCCAGUACACUCCCUAUACGCACAACAAUGGAAGCGAGACCAGAGCCCCUUCGGCCCACGAACUCCCCAGAACAAUACCUCUUCCACAAGUCUCCCCGCCCGGCCAAGUAGCUCGCACUCGUCAAGAAGCCCCAGUCCCGGUCCCGGCGGGCAGAAAUCAAUCUACGCGAACAGAUCAGCCACGGGGAGCAUGCAAGACUUGUCCACCAACGGAAGCAAACGGCCUGGAUCUGGAAAGCUGCCGCGCACCGGAUCACCAUUAAGGCCAACGUCCUCAGACGGCAGGUCGAAACCCAACCUCGGCAGCGCAAGGUCAAUGUCCCCAGAGAGCCUCGCGGCGGCAGCAUCGCAGGCCGGGUUCCGAUUCGAGAACCCACCACAGAAGCCCCUUGGCGCACACCCACCAAGCACGGGCAACAGCAACGACAACAACAACAACCAACAACCAAAACCGCCGGCCCGCAACCCCGGCAGGCGGCCGCCGCCGGUAAGCAUAGAGCGGAACCGGAGCCCGCUGGGGCGGUACGAGGUGCGGUCGGAGGCGGACAGCGAGGUGUCGUCGCCGACGAGCCAGAGCCGGAGCCAGACGACGGCGCGGAGCAACGUGACGAGCCUGACGAGCAUCGGGAGCAACGAGAUGGACCGGCAGAUCGGGCAGUGGGCCGUGCGGGUCAGCGCGGACGCGGGCGGGAUAGACGAGAAGGUGCGGUCGCCGACGUCGCCGACGGGGCCGUUCGACCUGGAGCCGCGGCGGCAGGCUGGGAAGGACGAGGACGACUCGGAGGAGAAUGGGCUCAAGGCGCUGGACACGAUAUCGAUUUCGGAGCCGAGGCAGUCGUUGAUGCCGCUGUCGGCGCACGAUCCGGGGGCAGGAGGAGAUGGGAGGGGGUAUUCGAUGAUACUCCAGUAUUACUUGGAUAGUGAUGCUAGGGAGUCGAUGGUGAUAUGA